AUGGUAUUUGUAUGGAAUUUAAGAUGGUUGUCGAAGCACCUUGACUUUUUGACACCCGCAGUGGCAUUCGGGCUUCUAAUCUACGGGAAUUGGGCGUAUAUUCAUAAGUUUGCAAUCAAGAAACUGUUUCAUCAGCAUGGAAGAUUGGCCACCGCGGUGGGCUUGAUUGCCACAAUAGGGGUGCUGGAUAUCUGCGUGCUUCUUAUUUGGGUGCAGGUCUUGUUGGUGGGGCCUGGUGCACAGAAAACAAUCGAGCCGUACACAUUGCUGCCUCCAGCCCAGGUGACGGAUCCCCGAGCAGAAUCCUUCACCUCACCACAGGUGAAUAAACCACCACUUAUUUAUCAAUGCGAUGAAAAUGGAUACCCGACUUGGUGUGCUCAUUGCCAAUCUGUGAAAUCCUUAAGAACGCAUCAUUCAGGGCGUACUGGCUCCUGCGUUUUCAAGUUUGACCACUACUGUGGAUGGCUGGGAACCCUCAUAGGGGCAGGGAAUUAUUUGCUAUUUAUCCAAUUCCUCGUGUACAUGGACUGUCUACUGCUCAUCAUGUGGAUUAGCAUGAGCCCCUUCAUCCGCGUGUACACCUUCCGAAGAGAUGGAAAUUUGAUAGCCAUCUAUAUUCUCAGCGUGUGGUGCUCGCUAUUUGUUACAGGGCUGUUAACGGCACAUAUCUACAUGAUAUCGCUCAACCUAACGUCAUUGGAAGGCAUUAUCUUGAAGAAAACACCAAAGAAGAAUGCGGAACCAAAACCGUACUACGUGUGUUACAAAAACCCUAAAGACCAUUGUAGAUACGUCAUCAAAUUAACAGGUCCACAAUUUAUGUCAAUAUGGAGGAAAUGCACGAUAUGGGCUAAUUGGAUAGAUCAGCUGGGGGAAAGAGCGUACCUCUGGUUUGUCCCCAUAUACACAUCUAAGGGCAAGUCAAGAGAUAUCGAGUCUGCGUUCGACGAAACGGGGAGCAGAAUAAACGACAAGAUUUUAACACUGAUUGAUGGCAAGCUACAGUCGGGCGAGUACCUCAAGCGGUUCGAAGCCUACGGGGACGGACACGACGAGCUGUGA